GAAGUAGUGGGGGUGGGGAAGGUAAACAAAUGUUCGCAGUUCACAGCGUUGGUAGCAAAUUCACAUAGAUGAAGUAUUAUUGCUUCCACAGGCAGCGGCCAGCGUGGGACGCAAAAUGAAUGAUAAAACAGAUAACCUUCUGAAUGGUGGCCAGGAUCUUGAAAACCUGGUUCUUGGUGAGGAACCAGAUACACGACUGGAACAAGGAACACUGAGCUUUAGUGAGACCCCAGGGGCACAUAGUGAAGCCAGUGCCCAUAUAAAGUCGUGGUCCAAGGUGAAACGAGGUGUUAUUAGCAGUCACAAUUCAACAGAGGAAAAUGAAGUGGAUGAUGCAGCCAUUUUUGCAGAGCCUGUUCUCAAGUUUGAAAUAGUGUCUGCGAGGACAGUAGAAAAAGAAAAUGAAAAGAAACAUGUGGCAUACACAUUAAUGAUUCGUAAGGACGGUGUACAACCUGAUCCAAACCCUGCUGUCAUCGAGCGACGUUACACAGAUUUCCUUGAACUUUAUGAUGGAUUGCGGCGAAACUUUCCAGCGUUAAUGACAGGCAUCGCUUUCCCCAGAAAGGUCUUGACAGGAAAUUUGAAUCCUAGUCUCAUAUCUGCCCGAAGUUCAGGAUUUGAGGCUUUACUGGAACAUAUAGGUCGUGAAACACAGCUGAGAGAGUCUGCUGCCCUCAUGAACUUCUUACAGAAUAGGGAAGAGGCAGAAGCUCGGCAUUGGAUGCAAGCUCAGCAGUAUGACCAAGCUGUCCCCCUUCUUGAAAACAUCUUCAGAUUGCUCAAUAAAUUGUACACUGACAGGCAUCCAGCAGUCCUGUUGGCACUGUGUCGUCUUGUAGCAUGCAGCCAUGCAGCAGGAGAGUCUGCACGCCCUGAACGUUUUGCUGAUUUAGCUUUGCAUCGCUAUGAAGCUCACUACCCACCAAAGCCUCCUUCUGUUCAUCACAUUGACUGCCAUAUGCUUAGUGAUGGAUGGAUGUUUCAUGGUCAUGCCAGGUGAGGCACACGUUACGGCGUGAAGCUCUGCUUUUGCUGCCGGUGGCUACAUGCUAUCAGGCAUGCAUUUCUGCCGUGGCCACCGGUGACCACACAGCAGUCAAUGUGUUAAUUACAUGUGUUAUUUGUCAAGUAAUAGACAUACAUGAAGUAUUUAAAGAGAGAAGGCAGCUGCUAAGAUUAAAAAACACUACCAGGCACUCAUAAAUGAUCAAGAAUUUGUUACACCAACUCAGUUUGUAAUAGUUGUUACAUUUCACAAUUGUUCCACUGCUUUUCUAUGAAAUUAAAUAGGCUUUCUGUCGAGAAGAAAAAUGGAAUUCAGAAAGCUAUACAGCAGCAAAUAAUUUUGUUCUGAAUAAUGGGAAAGCAAUUAUCAGUAUAUUUUGGAUGCCUGAGUGGCACACAUUCAGUUCUGAGUUUAACAUGAGCAAAGGAAAUUGGGGAAUAAUUAUGAUAAGUUAGCAUACUUUGUAUCUCAGACUGAAUGAAUUCUGAUGAAUAAGUUACCAUACCACAUACAAAGGAACCUGAUAAUAGCUGAAUAAUGUAUACAGUGUAUAAAUUUAUGUCCAAAGUCAGGUAUCAUAGGCAUCUCAUUCUAUAGUUUGUAACUAGAGGCCUGCACAGAUAAGAAAAAUGUUAGCCACAUUGCAUCCACAAGUUCCUUACCUGCAUUUGCAAGUCUUACCUGCAAUUGCAGCUAUUAAAAUAUUAUAAACCACUUUAAUCUAUUUGGUACAUUGAAGCUGGACCUCAUAAUUCACAUUUUAUUUACUAAGAAUGUAGUGGCCACUCGUGACAUAGUCAUAUAAGAAUCUUUAUACAUUCCCCAAGUUACCACUGUCAACCGUUUUUACAGAAAUUGAUUUUGCAAAACAUUCAGCAAAAGAUUCCUUCAACAUUGGGAAGUCUAGUAAAGUUGUGUUAAGAGUUGUCGUCACUUCUUGCAUAAUAUUUAGUGUUAGCCAUAUAGCCUAUUUAUCAAAUGUUAAUAUACAUAGUUUUGUGUACCUGUAAAUAUUUUAGAAAUAAACAUUGAUUUUAAACCAAAUGUUACUUAUCUCAAAUGGGUAAAUAAUA